GUGAGAAACAGACAGCUGUAAUUGAGGGACGGUUACCGAAGAGCAGAAGUUCCUGGGAUGCUCCCUCGUGUGAGAAAAAAAAGUGUGUUCCUGACACUGCUAGUCCUGGUCCUGGUCCUGGUCACUACUUUAUCAUGUGAGUACUCACAGCAUAUCUAGAUUUAUUUACGAAGUUUACAAAUAACUAUCAAAGUAUGACUUCAGUAAAGCAAAAAAAAAGUUAAAAAGCAAAUUGCAUAGGAGAAAUUAAAAAAAUAAAUUAAAAUUUAUUUUUUUUAAAGGCUUCUUUUCAAGACAAGUUUAAACAUAUUAAAAGUAAAAAUAAUAUAAUUAAAAUAUCUUAAAAUUUGUUACGCAAAAAAAAAAAGGUCAAAAAAAAAAUCAACCUUGUUGAGUUUUUCGUAUGUCCCAACAAUAUGGGGGAUGUUCCAGAUGUCACUACCAUAUUGGGUGGUUUAACAUGUCACUAUGGGGUUAUUUCUUAUGUCACUAGUAUAUGGGGAAUUGUUCCAGAUGUCAAUAUAAUAUGGGGUUUGUUUGAUAUGUCACUACCAUAUGCGGGUCGAAUCAAAAUUAAAUACCCUAUACGGUUGUUUCAUGUCACUACAAUAUUGGCUUCUUUAAUUUUUCACUACCAUAUAGGUUUGGUUUACAUUUUACUCUUAUAUAGGGGAGCUUUCAUAUGGCACUACCAUAUGUGGUUGUUUAAUGUGUCACUACCAUAUAGGUGUGGUUUACAUUCCACUCUUAUUUUGGGGUGCUUUCAUAUGUCACUACCAUAUGUGGUUGUUUAAUGUGUCACUACCAUAUAUGUGUGGUUUACAUUUCACUCUUAUAUAGGGGAGAUUUCAUAUGGCACUACCAUAUGUGGUUGUUUAAUGUGUCACUACCAUAUAGGUGUGGUUUACAUUUCACUCUUAUAUAGGGGAGCUUUCGUAUGACACUACCAUAUGUGGUUGUUUAAUGUGUCACUACCAUAUAGGUGUGGUUUACAUUUCACUCUUAUAUAGGGGAGCUUUCAUAUGGCACUAUCAUAUGUGGUUGUUUUAUAUACAAGGUUGAACUUGUUUUAAGGGAUUUUUAAAUUUUAAAAUAAUACAUUCCAUAUGAUUCCCUCCACACACACUUUUCUAGGUUUGACCAGUUAUGGCUCCUAUGGCUCAGUAAUCUCUUGACACUGGCUCGCAAACUUGAACUAGGAGAUUUGAAAGUUUAGAAACGUAACCGAGAAGAUAUGGAAGCUUAGAGACGUAAACUAGGAAAGUAGAAAAACUAAGAAUCGUGAAUUAGGCGAUAGGUAACUAUAGAGACACGAACAGGGAGAUAGGCAAGCUAAGAAACGUGAAUUAGGCGAUAAGUAACCAUAGAGACACGAACAGGGAGAUAGGCAAGCUAAGAAUCGUGAAUUAGGCGAUAGGUAACAAUAGAAACACGAACAGGGAGAUAGGCAAGCUAAGAAACGUGAAAUAGGCGAUAGGUAACCAUAGAGACACGAACAGGGAGAUAGGCAAGCUAAGAAACGUGAAUUAGGCGAUAGGUAACCAUAGAGACACGAACAGGGAGAUAGGCAAGCUAAGAAACGUGAAUUAGGCGAUAGGUAACCAUAGAGACACGAACAGGGAGAUAGGCAAGCUAAGAAUCGUGAAUUAGGCGAUAGGUAACCAUAGAGACACGAACAGGGAGAUAGGCAAGCUAAGAAACGUGAAUUAGGCGAUAGGUAACAAUAGAAACACGAACAGGGAGAUAGGCAAGCUAAGAAACGUGAAAUAGGCGAUAGGUAACCAUAGAGACACGAACAGGGAGAUAGGCAAGCUAAGAAACGUGAAAUAGGAAAACGUAGACACAUUUACCAGGCAAGUAGGAAAACUUACAGAGGUGAACUAGGCAAGUAGGAAAACUUACAGAGGUGAACUAGGCAAGUAGGAAAACUUACAGAGGUGAAAUAGGCAAGUAGGAAAACUUACAGAGGUGAACUAGGCAAGUAGGAAAACUUACAGAGGUGAACUAGGCAAGUAGGAAAAGUUAGAAACGUGAACUAGGCAAGUAGGCAAACAUAGAGACGUGAAUUAGACAAGUAGGAAAACUUAGAGACGUGAACUAGGCAAGUAGGAAAAUUAGAGACGUGAACUAGGCAAGUAGGAAAACUAAGAAACGUGAACUAGGCAAGUAGGCAAACAUAGAGACGUGAAUUAGACAAGUAGGCAAACUUAGAGACGUGAAAAAGGCAAGUAGGAAAAAUUAGAGACGUGAACUAGGCAAGUAGGAAAAAUUAGAGACGUCAAGUAGGCAAACUUAGAGACAUGAAUUAGAAAAGUAGGAUAACUUACAGUCGUGAAUUAGGCAGUAGGAAAACUUAGAGACGUGAACUAGGCAAGUAGACAAACAUAGAGACGUGAACUAGGCAAGUAGGCAAACUUAGAGACGUGAACUAGGCAAGAAGGCAAACUUAGAGACGUGAACUAGGAAAGUAGGAAAAUUUAGAGAUGUGAACUAGGUAAGUAGGAAAACUUAGAGACGUGUACUAGGCAAGUAGGCAAACUUAGAGACGUGAACUAGGAAAGUAAGAAAACUUAGAGUCGUGAACUAGGCAAAAAGCAAACUUAGAGACGUGAACUAGGAAAGUAUGCAAACUUAGAGACGUGAACUAGACAAGUAGGCAAAUUUAGAGACAUGAACUAGCCAAGUAGGAAAACUUAGAGAUGUGAACUAGGAAAGUAGGAAAACUUAGAGACGUGAACUAGACAAGAAGCAAACAUAAAGAUGUGAACUAGGCAAGUAGGAAAACUUAGAGACGUGAACUAGACAAGAAGCAAACAUAAAGAUGUGAACUAGGCAAGUAGGAAAACUUAGAUACGUGAACUAGACAAGAAGCAAACAUAAAGAUGUGAACUAGGCAAGUAGGAAAACUUAGAGACGUGAACUAGACAAGAAGCAAACAUAAAGAUGUGAACUAGGCAAGUAGGAAAACUUAGAUACGUUAACUAAGCAAACAUAGAAUCGUGAACUAGGCAAGUAGGAAAACUAAGAAUCGUGAACUAGGCAGGUAGGCAAACUUAGAGACAUGAACUAGGUAAGUAGGAAAGCUUAGAGACAUGAACUAGGCAAGUAUGCAAACCUAGGGACGUGACCUACUUCAAUCCGCGGGUCUCCUGUGGGUGACCAAGGUAGGGUUUUGGAAGGUCUGUAAGUCUAUUUUUUAAAGGCAAGAAUAUAUUCUAAAAAAGUGAAGUUAACCUGUACUAUUACAAUAGGACCUAAACGGUUUUUUUUUCCAAAGAAGUGGCCCCGGUGUAUGAAACGUUGACACGGUGUAUGAAACCUGGCCCCGGUGUAUGAAACCUUGACUCGGUGUAUGAAACCUUGACCUGGUGUAUGAAACCUUGACCCGGUGUAUGAAACCUGGCCCCGGUGUAUGAAACCUUAUCCUGGUGUAUGAAACCUUGACCCGGUUUAUGAAACCUGGACCCGGUGUAUGAAACAAGGACCCUGUGUAUGAAACCUGGCCCCGGUGUAUGAAACCUGGCCCCGGUGUAUGAAACCUGGACCCGGUGUAUGAAACCUGGCCCCGGUGUAUGAAACCUUGACCCGGUGUAGGAAACCUGGCCCCGGAGUAUGAAACNUUUAUGAAACCUGGACCCGGUGUAUGAAACAAGGACCCUGUGUAUGAAACCUGGCCCCGGUGUAUGAAACCUGGCCCCGGUGUAUGAAACCUGGACCCGGUGUAUUAAACCUGGCCCCGGUGUAUGAAACCUUGAACCGGUGUAUAAAACCUGGCCCCGGAGUAUGAAACCUGGCCCGGUGUAUGAAACCUGGCCCGGUGUAUGAAACCUAGACCCGGUUUAUGAAAACUGGACCCGGUGUAUGAAACCUGGACCCUGUGUAUGAAACCUAGCCCCGAUGUAUGAAACCUGGACCCGGUGUAUGAAACCUUGACCCGGUGUAUGAAACCUGGCCCCGGUGUAUAAAACCUGGCCCCGGUGUAUGAAACCUUGACCCAGUGUAUGAAACCUGGCCAUGGUGUAUGAAACCCUGACCUCGUGUAUGAAACCUGGACCCGGUGUAUGAAACCUUGACCCGGUGUAUGAAACCUGGACCCGGUUUAUAAAACCUGGACCGGGUGUAUGAAACCUUGACCCGGUGUAUGAAACCUAAACACGGUGUAUGAAACCUGGCACCAGUUUUCUGAUACCUGGACCUGGUGUAUGAAACCUUGACCCGGUGUAUGAAACCUGGCCCCGGUGUAUGAAACCUGGACCCGGUGUAUGAAACCUGGACCCGGUGUAUGAAACCUGGCCCCGGUGUAUGAAACCUGGACCCAGUGUAUGAAACCUUGCUCCGGUGUAUGAAACCUGGACCCGGUGUAUGAAACAUGGACCCGGUGUAUGAAACCUGGCCCCGGUGUAUGAAACCNGUGUAUGAAGCGUGGCCUCGGUGUAUGAAACCUGGCCCCGGUGUAUGAAACCUGGACCCGGUGUAUGAAACCUGGACCCGGUGUAUGAAACCUGGACCCGGUGUAUGAAACCUGGCCCAAGUGUAUGAAACCUGGAUCCAGUGUAUGAAACCUGGCCCCGGUGUAUGAAACCUGGACCCGGUGUAUGAAACCUUGUCUCAGUGUAUGAAACCUGGACCAUGUGUAUGAAACCUUGUCCUGGUGUAUGAAACCUGGACCCGGUGUAUGAAACCUUGUCCCGGUGUAUGAAACCUGGACCCAUUGUAUGAAGCCAGGCCCCGGUGUAUGAAACCUGGACUAGGCGUAUGAAACCUGGACCCGGUUAAGUCCUAGUAUAUUCAUCUAUAAUACACCAGCAAACGUCAAACACCAUCACGGGUCAAACACCACGCUGCUAUUAAUAGAUACGCCAGAUUGUAGUUCAAUAGUGAGUUCACUAGUGAGCAAAGUAUAAUUCCCCAUAACUACGCUAUGUAUGAUAUAUAUUUCUUUUAAAUAUCGCUAUUUCGGAAAUGAAAUCGUCUCAAUUUAAGUAUUGUGUCAAAAACGUUCAGUUUAAAAGUGGUUGGGACAUCAGAAUAUUAAUAUAGUUCAUGGGCGUGAAAAGUGUGCAGUGACGUAUCCUUGGGGAAGGGGUCUAGCAAAUAUUGAGAUUCUUUUAAAUGUGUGUUACUUGAGUUCAUGUUUUGUCGAGUAACUUUACUAGAUGGGAAGUUCGCGCAUGCGCGCUAUAUCUAAUUUUUGUUAUUUCAGAUUAUGCCCGCAUGAUGACGUUCAAGUUUGAACCAGUUCAACAGACAUUUUAUAAACUUUCCCUUGGGGAUUAUAACACCUCUGUACGAAAUGAAACAUCAGUCUACGCCCCAAAUAAUGACACCCUCACUUCUCGCAACACUUCCCCUAACACAGCUCAAAGCACCACUCCUGUCACCGCCUACAGCACCCCACCUGCCGCGACGACACCGUCCACAACGGUGGCUCGGCGCUAUUUGAUCACGUGUGGUGAGUACGGCCAAUUGGGAAACGCCAUGUUUCAAUACGCAGGCCUCCUGGGCGUAGCAAAGACGAACGACAGGGUGCCAGUGAUACGCCCACAGUAUAAGCUUACUAGCAUUUUCAAACUCAGCCACGUGAGAGAUGUGGGGAGCGACCACACCUUUCAAGUUGUGAGUGAGGCUGCCUACGGGAGGUACGACACCAGUCUAGAAAGUCUGCCACCAGCAGACAUUCUUUUGUCUGCCUACCUCCAAUCGUACAAAUAUUUCCACAAAAAUGCGGAAGUCGUCCGACAAGAAUUUACAUUUCAAGAUCAUAUUAAACAAGAAGCAGACGAUCUCAUGGCGUCACUUAAGCCGGUUAUCAAAGAGCGCCUUCCGGUCGGAGUUCAUGUUCGCAGAGGUGAUAAACUUCUAGAUAAAGACAGAUCGCAAGGAGACUUGGUAGCCUCGGACUCAUACUUUGAGAAAGCUUUUCAUGACAUGCGCACACGACAUGGUGACGUUGUCUUUCUCAUUGCUACAGACGAUGUAACAUGGUGUCAAAAUACUUUCGGGAACAAGUCGGACGUCAUAAUACUACCCCCUAAGUCUCGUGAGGUAACUGUAUCAUUAUUAUUUUUUUAA